GCUCUGGGAGGGUGGCUUGUCAGCUGCCCCCUCACUGCCGUGCUGGAGUGCUGACGGCUUGCAGGGUGAACAGAGGCUCCCCCCAGUUCUGAGGAUUCCGCGAAGACCAAAUACUUGGGUGUGAAGCAAGAAUGCGUGAAAUUGUGCACAUCCAGAUCGGCCAGUGUGGAAACCAGAUCGGAGCCAAGGGGACAGGCAGGCUGCUCAGGCCGCGGCCGCCCGCCUCCUGCUUUCAGUUCUGGGAGGUGAUCGGCGAGGAGCACGGCAUCGACCCGGCGGGGAGCUACGGCGGCGACUCGGCCCUGCAGCUGGAGCGAAUCAGCGUCUACUACAACGAGGCCUACGGCAAGAAAUAUGUGCCCCGAGCCGUCCUGGUGGACCUAGAACCCGGGACCAUGGACAGCAUCCGAUCGAGCAAAUUAGGAGCCCUUUUCCAACCAGACAGUUUUGUCCAUGGGAAUUCUGGCGCUGGCAACAACUGGGCCAAGGGGCACUACACGGAGGGCGCCGAGCUGAUCGAGAGGGUGAUGGAUGUGGUGAGGGGCGAGAGCGAGAGCUGCGACUGCCUCCAGGGCUUCCAGAUAGUCCACUCCCUUGGCGGGGGCACGGGCUCCGGCAUGGGCACGCUGCUCAUGAGCAAGAUCCGGGAGGAGUACCCCGACCGCAUCCUGAACUCCUUCAGCAUCAUGCCAUCCCCCAAGGUCUCCGACACGGUGGUGGAGCCCUACAACGCCGUCCUGUCCAUCCACCAGCUCAUCGAGAACACUGACGCCUGCUUCUGCAUCGACAACGAGGCCCUCUACGACAUCUGCUUCCGCACCCUGCGGCUGACCACGCCCACCUACAGUGACCUCAACCACCUGGUGUCCCUGACCAUGAGCGGGGUCACUACCUCCCUGCGCUUCCCGGGCCAGCUCAACGCCGACCUGCGGAAGCUGGCCGUCAACAUGGUGCCCUUCCCACGCCUGCACUUCUUCAUGCCCGGCUUCGCCCCGCUCAUGGCCCAGGGCAGCCAGCAGUACCGGGCCCUCUCGGUGGCCGAGCUCACCCAGCAGAUGUUCGAUGCCCGCAACACCAUGGCUGCCUGUGACCCUCGCCGGGGCCGCUACCUGACGGUGGCCUGCAUCUUCCGGGGCAAGAUGUCCAUGAAGGAAGUGGACGAGCAGCUGCUUGCUGUGCAGACCAGGAACAGCAGCUGCUUCGUGGAGUGGAUUCCCAACAACGUCAAGGUCGCCGUCUGUGACAUCCCUCCCUGCGGGCUGAACAUGGCUGCCACCUUCAUAGGCAACAGCACGGCCAUCCAGGAGCUCUUCACCAGGGUUUCCGAGCAGUUCUCGGCUAUGUUCAAAAGGAAGGCUUUCGUGCACUGGUAUACCGGUGAGGGAAUGGAUGUGAGUGAGUUUGGAGAAGCUGAAAGCAACAUCCAUGAUUUGGUAUCCGAGUACCAACAGUUUCAAGAUGCCAAAGCAGUUCUGGAGGAGAAUGAAGAGGUCAUGGAGGAGGCGGAAGCUGAACCAGAAGAUAAAGGACACUAACCAUGAGAGACACUGCAUGCACGCAAGCAAUCAGUAGUCACAGAACCACCUUCCCAAAGAUGAGUGCUUUUCCUGCGACCACCGGAAGCCUAUUCUGCACUGCACACAGGGAAGACUUCCCAGCCUUGCUAGCUUUGACACCGGGACGCCUGGAGGGAGGACGGGCAAAAUAGCAGAGGGACAGGAGGGCCUUCUGCUGGCACUUCCUAACCUUGAGGAGUGUGGCAUUCACUGUUGAGGCUAGUAACUUUUUUCAGUAGCAAUAUGAAUUGAUGGCAAAGCGUGCCCUUUAUUUAGCUUACGGGUACCUGCCCUAUGCUCAGUCAGGCACCAACUGUGCGCCUACGGAUCUGCAGGCAUUCUCUGCAGGUGACGCUAAUUUUUAAACGCAUUGGCAUGCAGCAUUGAUAAGCCCCCCGGAAUCCCCACUUGGCCUCCUGGGGCUGCCUAGACCCUUGACUUGGGUGCCCUCUUUUCCAACACCAGCCAGCACCCUGUCCGCUUGCACUUGCUACCCCUAGAAAAGCCAGGGCAGUUAGCAUGUGGGGAGCCAAGGAGUCUGGGAGCACAUGAUCAGUGUCCACUAGGGAACUGUGCAGGCCUCGUGGAGACCUCACCCCACUAAAUGGAAAAAGAAAAAGGGAGGAAAAAAGCCCUAGUAAUCCUCUCCACAGAAAUACCUGAUGAAAAACAAACCUCCAAACGACCAGCAGAAUGAAAGAACUCCAAUCCUUAGAUCGUUAUUUCUGAAUAGCUAGCUUUCAACACAUACAUAUUUAUAUAUUUUUAAGUUUGCUAUUAGUGCUAGGUUCUGGGAAUUCAUUAAUGAUCAUCCCUAUUUUCCUUUUAAAGGCUAUUUUGAAAUGCCCUUUUCACUUUCAUUCAGUAAUCAUCCCCUGAAAAUGCUCUGCAGCCUCUCUGCUCUUUGAGAAAGGGCACGGUGUGUGCGCGGCCACCAUUCAAAUGGAGGAAUUAAGCAGCAGCGGUUGCAAUGUCCUUCCCGGGUACAGAGGACAUCACCUCAUUAGGGAAGUUUUACAGUUCAAAUUAAUUUGCAGAAGUUGCCAUAAAUGUCUGUGGGAUGACACAGCUUUAACCAUCACACGAUUUUAAUCUGCUCACAUUACAAGACCAAAUACACAAGAGCAUAAUCAAAUCAUCCAUAACUUCUUCAUUGCAGUUUACCCACUUCUGACAUACAGCACUGCCAUCCCUUCCAGAACCAUAAGGGUUUUCAACAGCUUUCUUGAAUUGCCGCUGAGCUACACUAGUCCACAGGUAGCUGGGAAUGGGAAGAUGCUGCAACCCUCACUGUAGGAAAUAGUUACUCGCAGGCAACUGGAUUUUCAUCUCCCGACUUGCUUUUGUAAUCUGCAAUAAAAUAGCGAGUAGAUGGGUAACAGUAGGUCAGCCAGAGAAAUUAUAAGGAAACAAGCAAAAAUGGAUACCAAGAGAAAAUUCAGGUUUGCUGUCAGAAUCACAGACAAGUCUAUUUACACAAUUGAAAAAACAGCUCCCUGAUGUUUUAAACACUUUCUACCUGUGGUUCAAGAAGUGCUAAACUUAGUAAGGAAUUUCAACUAUAUACUCUUAGUCUCUUAGUUUGAAGUUAAAAACUUCCUUAGAUGCUAAAGACUUAUAACCUGUGAUUACCUAAGAAUUUAUACACAUGCUUCCCACAUGAGCUCUUUCUUCCUCUUAUCUAAAAAGGCAAUUAAAUAGAUGCCAGGAAAGAUAAAGAUUUAAAUGUUUAAAACCAACUUCUGAUUUACAUUACUGUAAAGAUUUUUGUUUGCUCAAUAGUAAUCAUUAAUGUACUGAGAAAUUCAAUUUUAAAUGGCUAAACUGCUUUCUUUCAGACCAAAUAAAUUCCUUUUCUUGGA